AUGGUUGAAGGUCAGUUCGGGCUGCAUGUCAGCUUGUUGAUGGAAGGGUGCCUUAAUGCAGACUCGUGUUUGUGUCCUCCUUUAGGUUCUCACGACUCCUUCAGUUUCUACAUUGAUGAGGCAUCCCCAGUGGGCCCCGAGCAGCCAGAGACAGUGCAGAACUUUGUGUCUGUUUUUGGUACAGUAGCCAAGAAGCUAAUGAGGAAAUGGUUGGCCACGCAGACUAUGAACUUCACUAGCCAGCUGGAGGCCGGGAUCCGUUUCUUUGACCUGCGCAUCUCCACCAAGCCCCGUGACCCCGACAACGAGCUGUACUUCGCCCACGGGCUCUUCAGUGCCACGGUCCGCGAGGGUUUAGAGCAGAUCAGCAGCUUCCUAUCAGCACAUGCCAAAGAAGUCGUUUUCCUGGACUUCAACCACUUCUACGGUGUGCAGAACCUGCACCACGAAAAGCUGGUGGCCAUGCUGAAAGAAGUUUUUGGAGAAAAACUCUGCCCAGUGGUUUUUGCUCAAGAGGUGACUCUGAAGUAUCUUUGGGAGAAGGAGUACCAGGUGCUUGUCUUCUACCACCACCCCAUGGCCCUGGAGGUUCCCUUCCUGUGGCCCGGCCAGAUGAUGCCUGCUCCGUGGGCCAACACCACCGACCCAGAGAAGCUUGUUCAGUUUCUCCAGGCGUCUGUAACUGACCGCAGGAGGAAGGGGACGUUCUUCGUCUCCCAGGUGGUUCUCACACCAAAGGCAAGUACUGUGAUGAAGGGCGUGGCCAGCGGACUGAGGGAGACGAUAACGGAAAGGGCGUUACCGGGCAUGAUGCAGUGGAUCAGAUCUCAAAGACCCGGGGAGAAUGGCAUCAACAUUAUUACAGCCGAUUUUGUCGAGCUCGGUGAAUUCAUCAGCGCCGUCAUCAGCCUCAACUAUCAUCACCUGAAUGAAGACGAAGAUGACGACGCAACCUGAGAGCCCACGUUGGGACACCAGAGAGCGCAGCUGCCACCACCGGAUGACGGGUGUACUGGGCUCUGCUCUCAAUCUACGCUCUUUGGCAUUUAUUUCAGGAGGGAAGCAAUGUUGCGGCUCCUUUCUCUUUAUUUAGGGCUAUAGUGGACUGAGAGACCAGGGAGGAUGGAGAAGAGACCAAGAUUAGGCUGGUGGAAAAAAUACACUGAUGUUUGGUUGGAACACCAUGAGAAUGAGGUUAAUUUGUUUCCUAUUUUUGGGAUCAAGACCUUUUUUUAUUUCCAGAUUUAGUGGUUAUUUAAGUUACUCCCUCAGCUGUAAAAAUAUCUGCUUUUCCCUCAAAUAUACCGUCUUCAGGCUCGCAACCCCGUCUAACACAGGUUUUCAGAGCAUAAUUACCUUCAACUGAUUUUACUUUUACAUCCGUCUUGAUAUUCUAGUGAUAACAGUUUUGCCACAGGGUGUUUUAAAUAAAUAUGUGUAACUGAAAUCGUUGGCUCGUAAAUUGUAGCUAGCUCUCGUAUGUCCCGUUUGAAAAAUCAGUCCAAGUGCAGUCUUUUUAUUUAUUUAUUUUUUGGUUAUUUUUCAGACAAUAUGCAUCCCCUUUCAUGUCACUCACUGCAUGUGUUUUUCAAACUCUCCUCCUGAAGUUUGGCUGCAGAGUGUCAUAAAAAUGUGGUGUUCCGGUGUGUUUAUUCAUUACACUGACAAGAAAAUCAUUUCCAUAUUUGUCCUCCAGCAGUAAUCUCUCAUUGAGGUUUUUACUCAGUAGCGAUAUGCACUGUAGUUGGAAUUACAGCCGAGACAUUUAUCAUCAGGCAGCUGUGGAUUGAUUGAUAAAAACCGUGGAUUCGCUCAUUUAUAACCACACAGGAAGAGAGAGCCAGAGAGCAUCUUGGCUAACAGGGGAAUAAUAUCUAUGCUGUUGGUGCAGAUAUAUUUUCUCCAUCUGCAUUUGACAAUAAUUUCCCCAUUUUCAUAACAAGCAUCUACUUGCUCUGUUAGAAAUGCACUUAGAUGCACUUAUUCCCUCAUUUCUAAUGGUCAAAACAUCCAACUGUUUGUUCUACAACAUGGUGGAUUCUAAGUUGCGAUAGCCAAGUGUAAAUGAUUAUAUUUUGGUACAUGACUGUACCCACAGUCUGCCUUUUUUUUGGGACUAACUUGACCCUUGUAUGUUUGUUUGUGUUCAUUUCUGUACCGCAGCACGUGAGUCACUGUGAGAUGUUCUCCUUCAUGAUAACAGGUGAUAACACUUCUUAGCAGUCACUUAGCAACUUAAUUCAAGUCAGAAAAUUAUAAACAUGUUAGAUUAAGCAGUCCAAAUGUGGCCACUGUGCUUUACGAUGAGUUUAAUUUACAGAAUUUUGUGUCACAGAUUGAUGGUUAAUAAAAAAUGGUAGUUAUGAAGCUCAGUAAAAUACACUACACCUUAUCAGGAUUACAUUUAACACAUUUCAGAGUGGUUUCAGUUAAUCUCAGGCAAAACAAAGCUACAGAAAACAUUUUUCUAACCCUUUUGCUUUAAAUUUCACACAAUUUAAACACUAGAGUUGCUUUACACAUACUUAAUUGCCUAAGCUGACAACAAACAGUCUGGGAAUGUUUGAGACGAGUUGCAUAUCACAUAUGCAAGUCAACUGAAUGACUAAUUGGUGUGUCAUUCAGUACGGUAAAAUCUGACAUAAAAAGUUCUUCCACUGCUUUAAUAACGUUAAAUUACACGUGCAGAGAAGGACAAAUGGACACGGCAACAAUCUCACGUUUACUAUGGACACCAAUGUAAAGGGUAAAAAACAUUCACCUUGUUGAAAUCCCAGGUUUUCAAGAUCAACAAAUUAAUAUCCAUAGCACACAGUGUUGCAUUGUAAUAACAUACUUGAAGACAGAUCAUAUUUUUUCAAAACUGACUGUGCAAAACUAAUUUGUAAUGAGUAACCCAACCACAGGUGUAAUGGUUAGGUUGGGACGUCCCUACAGCUACAACAUCUCCAGGGUUUUACACAAUAUGCAGGAAAAUAAUCAUAUUUCUUUUCUUUUAACAUGAUUAAAUGCCAUGGGAAUGUGAACUCUUCUGGAAAAGGAUGUAAGGAUGUUCUGGUAAAGUUUGGUAUUUAAAAAAAUGUUACUCAGCUUGAAUUGCUGAAUGUACGUUUUGUGAGUAAAUGUAUCAUUUCUUAAGAAGUCUCUUCUGAGUGACAGAGUUUCAGCCUGACAUGUUAGUAGUAUCUGCUCCAACACUUUCACUUCUGUGUGGUUCUGAGUUAUGUCAGACAUUUUAUAUUGUGGAACGUUUCUACAUUCUGUAACUGCAGAAAAUGUGCAAAUUACUAAAGCAUUCUCCUAUAACCGGUAUCUUAACUGAGCUGCUGUUAAUUUUCAAAUCUCUUUCGUCCUUCACUUUGUGCAUGAAUGAAAAGCUUCUAGAGUUCAUCAGGUUUCUUUCCAUCUACAUCGAUUUCUACAUUAUUACCCUGAAGAGCACGUGGUCAUUUUAACUGUAAAUGUUUCUAUCCUUUAAAGUGAAAAUCUAAUAAUUUUUACUUAUUGCACUGCCAAAAUCCCCACUGAAGAGAAGGUUGCAGAUUGUGUUGUAAGGACAUUUGUGUCUUCCCUUGGUCCAAACUGUUGUCAUUGCACUUGUUUUUUGAUGUGCAAAGAGUCCUUUGGUGUUGUAAAAAUCCAAACCAUGUUGCUCAAAUUAAAGUGACUCUGUUCUGUGUGGAAAAUGGCCAAUCAAAUAAAGCUUCUAUGCCUUUGG